AUGAGGAAGAUUCGUAGACCUUCAUUUGGCCUGAGUGGUUCAUCUGCUGCAGUCAGUUUGAAGAGCGGAAAGAGCGGGAAAACACAGAAAAGUGAGGACAAGAAAAGCAAAGUAUCGGAGAAGAAAGCUGUUUCACCUGAAAAGAAGGAAGAGUUUGUUGUUGGUAAAGUUCAAAAUAAAAAGGAGCUGGAGGAACUCUAUAGUCAGCCUGUACAUGCUCCAGAACCUAAAGAAUCUAUUCCUGACAAAUCAAUAGUUAAAGACAAGAAAGAAAAAUUGGUCACAAAAGAAAAAUCUGUUGUAAAGAAGUCAGCCCAAUCCCAACAGUCUAAAUUAUCCAUGGCCAGCAAGGAAAAAUCUGAAGUUAAAGCAUCAGGCGUGGAUCAUACGAAAGAGAACUCAAAGAUUUAUGGCAUGCCACCAAAUGUUCCAGUAUCACCACGUAAGCCAAAGGAGAAGAAAGCCACAAAGGCUCCUGUGGCUAAGAAGAAACCUGAGAAAGGUGCAAAGAAGGGUAAAGGUAAAGCUAAAAAGAAAGAGGAACCAGCUCCUGAGCCGGAAACCGCUGUGGAAGCCGAAUCACCGAUCAAAGAAAAGACGCCGGAACCAGUGAAAGAGAAAACACCCAAAUCACAAACACCAGUGUCAGAAAGGGUGGAAUCGCCAAAAUCAUCAAAAUCGUCAACUAUUUCAGGAUCAGACUAUUACGAGACGGAAUCUGCAAAACAAGAGUCUGAUGACGACGAGGAGUAUAUUAUUGUUCGUGACGAGACGAUGUCACCGGAAGUGGAGCAACCGGACGUUCAUUUGAAUAUGACAACGUCAGCUGAGGAGGAGGAGCCUGAUGAAGAGCAGAUAACAGCAGAAGAUCUCGAAGAUAUGGCAGCAAACAAGGAAGGAGAGUCUAGUGAAGCUGAUAAAUUAAGGAUGAUAUCAAAUAGAGAGGCUCGUGCUGCAAAACGUGCUGCAGCUGCCGAAAAACGACGACAGGAAGUGGAAAGAAAACGUAGAGAAAGAGAGGAACAAAUUAAGAGAGAGAAAGAAGAACACGAACGACAAGAAGUAUUGCGACAAGAGCAAGAAGAGCUGAGGAAAAGGAAAGAAGAAGAAAGAAGAUUAAAGAAGCAAAAGGAGGAGGAAGAAAAUGAGGAACAAAUGAAAGAAGAAUUAGAAAAGCAGAGAAGAGAGAAAGCUGAGGCAGAGAAGGAGCGAAGACGAAAAGAAGAUUAUGCAAAGAAAUUGGAGAUGAUGAAAGCAAAACAAGCCGAGGAAGAAAAGCGAAGACAGGAGGAAGCAGAAAGGAAAAGACUAGAAGAGGAGGAACGUCGUAAGGAAGAAGAAGAAAUGAUGGCAAAAAUGGCAGAAGAAGAACGACUUGAAUAUGAGAGAAAGAAGAAACUUGAAGAGGAAGAAAGGAUAAGGAAAGAAGAAGAGGAAAAGAAGCGGAGGGAAGAAGAGGCACAACGUGCCUUGGAGGAGGCGCGACGUCUUGCGGAGGAAAUGGCGCGCAAACAAGCAGAAUUGGAGGCCCGUCUCAGGUUCAACAGAUCGCUGCAGAUGGAGGCGAAUGGCCUUGAACAUACUCAAGAUAUUACAAAAGCCUUUGUGUUUUCAUAUUUUGAAUUAUUGCAAUGGCUUGGUUUGGAUAUACCAGAGUUCGAGCUUCUUAAACUGAACCAGUAUUAAUGAAGUUUGAAAUUAAAUUAGAAAAAAAUAACCAUUUGAUUUUGGUUUUUAUAGGUGUUCAUGACGUGAAAUGACACAAACAUGCUGCUUGUGACAAUUUAUGAGACAGUUUAUUUUAUUAUAAAUUUUUGACAAUACUUGAUCAUUUGACUGCGUUUAGUUUACUCAUAUAUUUUGUUGUUGUUUUCUCGUUUUAUGUAAACUUAUUUUAAUAUACUUUUCAUUUCACUAAACGCAGUCGCACAAAAACGUUGUGUUCUUGAAUUGGAAUCUUAUUUUCUACAGAUUCGAGCGGGGAAAGUUACUUUUUUUUCAAUAGCAUUUCUAAGUGAAUAUUAAUACGGUAUAUUAUCUUUUUGUUCAAGUGCAAGGUUAGCAUUUUGUAAGUCUGCGGACCAACAGAGUAUUACAUUUCUGGAGUUAUUUGCUCAAAAAAAAUAGUUUACUACUCAUGUGUAAUGUGGUAAAAACAUAGUGUGCUUAGUUGCAUUUAAAUUGCUGUAUUAUUUUUUGUAAAAAUUAUAUAGUUAGUACAUCAUAUUAACAAAUUAACUUUGUGCAAGUUAUAAAUGAAGAGCAUAUACAUGUGUACUAGUAGCGAUAAAUGAGUAUGUUGAAAUUAGUAUCUUAUAUAAAGAAGGUCAUGUAGAUAAUAUUUUGUGUGAAUAAGUAAUUAUUUUGUAUGAAUAUAUAAACUGUUUUAUAUAGUAAAUUUAGCAAAAUUUUACAACUUACAAAUGAACAUAUAAAUUGUAUACUAGUUGGUGUAAAUGUUGUUUUUUAGAAGUUAGUGUAACAAUAUUAUUUAGAUAAUUGAUUGUGAUAUAUUGUGUGUGAUUUAGACUGGAUGUGUAAGACAAUUUUUCCAUGUAUGCCAAAUGUAUGUACCAAACGUUGGAAGACAAAGGAUCAUUAUUUAUCCCAAUGUGUCAGUAUAAUUAUGCAGAAAUAGUUCUUUUAAGGACAUUUAAUGAUCAAAGCAGUUAAUAACAUAAUAUUUUGCUUAAACCAUACGCGUUAUCACUUGGAUCAAAAAAGUUAACCUAAUUUAUGUUCUUUUCUAAAUUAUAUUUUGAUUUAAGUUCAAGCUCAGACUACCAAUGUUUCAGCAUGACUAGGCGAUAUCCUAAAUUGGUCAAUAUUCUAAAAUAAUUGUGUUGAGCAACCUCUGCUUUUUUGGAAAUAAAGAUAGAUCAGGAUAUGUUAAUAAGACCAGAAUACAUAAUAAGGAAUAAAUGCAUGGCUUUAAAAAGAAUAUAGAUAAUAAUGCAAGAAGUGAAAAUUGUAGCCUUUUAAAUGUUGAAUGUUUGAGAAUAAAUUGAUAAAGGAUAUUUUGAUUUGUGUAAAUGUUGUAAGUUUUUUUUUUAUUGUUUUUUUCUAAAAUGUUGCAUUUAUGCAUUCAUGUACCAGAUCGAAAUUGCAUUUAUUAUUGUAUAUAACAGAGUUUGCAUUUUGUAUUAUUCUACUUGCGUAAUUGUUGUUUUUUUUAUUAUUAUUUUUUUCUUGAUAUAUAUUUAUAUGUAUAUUUACAAAAACAUAUGCUUUAUUUUAGAUGUUUUAUAAACAGUUCAGUUUGCAUUAAUAUUUUUAAAGAUAUCUUAAAAGUUUAAUUUUUUCUUAAUGUAGCUAUGGGCCUGCUUAUAUUAUUAGAUCUGACUAUAGUAAUGUUUUUAAUCAAAACUGAAUUCACAUUUAAAAAUUGAAUUUUAACAAAAGAAAAUUCCUUUUAAAUAUUAUCUUUUUAUGUACUUAUGUACUUCAUUUUUUAUAGUUAAUACUUAGCGGUUUGAAUGUUUUCAGUUUCAAAAUAGUGAAUUGUGCUCAUUUUAAAUCCAUAUUGGCUGUAUGGAUCACACUAAUAAAGGGUACCUUUCUAGUCCUUCAAUGUUACACGUUUACAGAAAAAAACAUAUUCUUUCAAUGUUGGAUGUUUACAAAAAAAAGCAUAAUGUUUCGUGUUUAUUGUUGUUACUGUUGUUUUUAUUUUGCUUUCUUGCCAUUUAGUGGUUAAUAUCAUCUUUGCAGUUAAAGUGUAUAUAAGUCAAACCAUGAACACUUGUGGUACUUUUGGUCAUUAUUUGCAGACCAAUUUAAUGACAGUUUUAAGUACAUAGCAAAUGUUGCCAAUAUAUGAUGGGCUUUUUUUAAGGCAGGAAUAGAUUUGAAUACAUAGAAAAUGUGUCCAAAUAAACAAAGGGCUGGUUUGUGAGGCAGGGUUUAUUCAAAAUAUUUUCUAUCAACUUGUCUCUUUAACACAGGUUUGACUAAAUAACUUUUGCUGUUUUGUUUAGAAAGUAAACUUUUAAUGUUUUAUUUGUCGUCAAAGUUGUUGUUUUUUAUUUUUAUCUAUUUAUUUAUUGAGGAAUUUCUUCAUAAAAAGUGCAUUGCCUGUAAUUGAAACUGGUUUUAUGUACAAUUUUUACUGGCAUUUUAAAUAAUUAUCUAACCCAAUUGGUAUAUGGUCAUUCUGUAGAAACACGCGUUUGAUGCAUUUUGAUAGCUCUAUUUUAUGAUAAUAUUGAAUAUACGAGUACGUAUUAUGCGCCGCAUCAGCGUCUUUGGAUUCUUUCACGUAAGAAAGCUAUUCUAGCUACUUUACGGAAAGUCAGUGUUUCUACUCCGGUGCAUGUUUGUGCCUAAAAUAAUGCAUAAAAAUGGCACCUGAGGUCUUCCUUCACCACUAAAGCUUGAAAGUCGCCUGUUGAGUUGACAUAAAAUUCAACCCAAAAAAAAUACAUGUAUAUUGUAGUUUUUUAAACAUUAUAAACUUCGUUACAAAAUGCAUGGAUUGUGGUGGGUUGUGAUAAAGAUCUGUGCAUUACAGUUUAUAUUUUAUUCUUAUUUACAUUUUUAAAGUGAAAGUAAAAGGUUGUGUCUUUGAUCUUUUGGUGUCCGAUUAACUUUUUUCUUCCGAUUAAUUAUUGAUGCCUUUAUUUUAUUUCUGUGUAAAUAUAUAUUUCUGUUCUCUGUUACUUUCGUUAAUUUUUAUUCUGAGCCAGUAACAUAAUAAUUUUUAUUUGUAGACGAAAUUAUUUUUUCGCUGUAGACAAAAUUAUUUUCUCAGAAGACGAAAUUAUUUUCUCAUUAGACGAAAUUAUUUUCUCAGAAGACGAACUUAUUUUCCCUGUAGACGAAAUUAUUUUCCCUGUAGACGAAAUUAUUUUCUCAGAAGACGAAAUUAUUUUCUCCGUAGACGAAAUGAUUUUCUCAGAAGACGAUUUUUUUUAUUGUUAAAAACUAUUUUAUGUGUUGAUGAUAUCCAUUAUUGCAUUUCAAGUUGUAUUUUCAGUCUGUGAUAGUUUACUAUAUAUUAUAAUAUAUUGAUAUUUUUUAUAAAUCUAUCGUCUUUGUAACGAAAUAAAAUAAACAUAAAAUCU